UAAAAAAAUAAGCAAUCAAGGAAAAAAUAUUAAAAGGUUUAUAAAGAUGAAAGAUGAUAAUAAGAAUGAUAUUCUUGAAAGAACGGAGAAAAAAGACCCAGUAGAAGUGGAGAAAGAAGAAAUUGAAGAAUCAGCUAAAGGUAUCUCUAUGAUUGAACUAAAUAAAGGAGAAGAAGAAGAAAAAGAAGUAAAAAAUAAUACGGAUGAAGAGCCAGAAAGCGAUAAUAUAAGUUCAUUGAGAAAUGGAGUUUUAUCAGAAGCAAGAGAUUCAUCAAUUGUAACGGUAUUCCAUGAUUCGAAAAAUUUUACAGUUAAACACCCACUUAUGCAUAAAUGGACACUGUGGUUUACUAAGCCUUUGACGCCAGGACAAAGGGCAAAUACGACAGAUGCGUGGGCAGAUAGCUUAAAAGAAGUUAUUACGUUUGAUAGUGUCGAGGAAUUUUGGGGGAUUUAUAAUAAUAUUGCUAAAGCGUCACAAUUAUUGCCAAAAAGUGAUUAUCAUUUGUUUAAAACAGGAGUUAGACCAGAAUGGGAGGAUAAACAGAAUCAAAGAGGUGGAAGAUGGUCAUAUAAUAAUAGAGACCGAAGAUCAGUUAAUAUUGAUGAGUUAUGGUUGCAUAUUAUGUUAGCAGCGAUUGGAGAAACCCUAGAAAAUGAAGGGGAUAAUGAAGUAAUGGGAGUAGUAGUGAAUAUUCGAAAAGGAUUUGUGAGAUUAGGACUUUGGACUCGAUCAACAAAUAAUGAGGAAGUUUUAAGGGCUAUUGGAAAACGGUUUAGAGAAGCAAUGAAGAUACCAGAUAAGGAAACGGUUGAAUUUUAUUCGCAUUCGGAUUCAGCACAUUCUGGGAGCACUAGGGCAAAAUCCAAAAUGUAUGCAUGAUACUGCUAAUUACAAUCAUAUGGAUCAUGUAUUAGCAUAUGUAUAU